AUGGCUGAAGACAUGAUUUAUACCCGAGCAUAUUCUGUCAGCAGCGCUGGACCACUCAUCUCAGCCAAGGGGCCAAUGGGAGAUCCAUUAACCCACACAGAACUUCUCGCUGAGUUCCGAAAUCAUUCAAACAGCUGGAAUCGAGAGCCCACGGCCUUGGUUUCGGUCAGCAAUCGCAUCAUCGACACAGUCAAGCGCGCCUUUGACAAGUACUAUGUGAAUGGCGACUCCCCGGCAGACAUUUGGGUCGCGUUUAUCGAGGUUCCCGAGAGGAGAGAUGAGACACCUACUCAGAUCCAUGCUGCACUUCCCUUGGCAGAGGAGUGCGGAAUCCUGGAAGCUAAUAAGUUUCGUCACGAAAUUGUCUUUGAAUGGGCUAUACCCGAGGAGUUUGUGAUUCAUAAAGUCUCCUUGCAGACGUUGAUCUCCCGUGGGCUUCAACGCGGAGAACAAUUUGGCCCUGAACUUCAAUUCAAGUCAACUGCAGGGUUGAGACGCGAUAUCGCGACGGAACUCAAAGCUAUCGAUCAUUCUUCUGGCUCGUGGGAAGUUGGCAUCUACUUGGCAUCUUUUGCACGAACCUUUGGGGCUAGAGCUCCUCUCGACUGGAUUGCGCAUAGACUUUUCUAUGACUGCGUACAUACAACGAUUGUUGACGACGAUGUGGUAAGAGUCAACUAUCUGGAUGAACGUCCCAAAUGUGUUAACUUUGACUUCUUUUGCGAGUUGGAUGAUGGAGUUGAUACUGUUUUGUAUGAUUGGUGGCUUACAGAUGUUGACUUUUGCUUGGACUACGAGGAAUUUAGGGAGUAG